AUGGAUGACAGCUUCACUUUAUCGGCGGAAAAACCUCGAAUCACAAAUUUGUUUUCAAACUUGACGAUUGAAUCUGAAUUACGUGGAACGAAACUGGAUAGUAGUACUGAAAAUAUUCUUGUUGAUGAGAGAUAUUCGGAGUAUGAAAUGCAGCAAGGAGGUCCUCAAAAUGAAGUAAACAUCCAGAAGAUCUCGGUAAUGCAGGAUCGAUUUCAAUUGAAAGCUUAUAAAGCGGAAAGUACGGUGGAAACGGGCGACAGUUCCGUUCCAGUAUACUAUCAAACACAGAGGGCCCAUGAUCUUUUUGAGUUGAUAACUGAAUUUCUCAAUUUUCACAAGGUCUCAACAUUAUAUUUUUCGGAAUUAAUUCACGGUCGCUCUGCAGUAUUUGCAGCUAAAGCUUUUACAAAUCUGCUCGAGCUGUUGGCGGAACAAAAAAUUAAAGUCGAACAAGAGGAAAACUUUGCUGAAAUUGUCAUUCGCCUUUCAUAA